UCAAAAGUGUAUCAUCAUCAAAGAAGUAACAAACAUCAACUAUUUUCUUUCCUCACUCUUCUUUCACAUACAUAUUCCUUCCCUAUACAAAAUUGAUGGCUUAUUCAACACUUUACACAUUCACAUUCCCACCCUCUCUCCCUCUUCUCUUCCAACAUCACAAACACAAACCCUAUUCUCUCUCUCCAAAACUCACAUUUACACCAACAACCUUAAACCCUAACAUUCUUCGCAACAACAACAUGAUGCAAUCUUCGCGUGUAUCAAGUGUUCAAGAUGUUGUUGGAGGAGCUAUGGCUAUUGUCCAAUCAUCACCUGCCACGUGGCAAUCUUCUUUGUUCAGUAAUUUGUUGAUCUUUGUAUUGGGUUCUCCUAUUUUGGUUACUGGGUUGUCGUUUGAAGGGAUUGUUGCUGCUUUUUUGCUUGGUACGCUUACUUGGCGUGCUUUUGGUGGUGAUGGAUUUCUUCUUGUUGCUACCUAUUUCAUCAUUGGUACAGCUGCAACAAAAGUCAAAAUGGCGCAGAAAAUGGAACAAGGGGUUGCUGAGAAAAGAAAAGGAAGAAGGGGUCCAGGGAGUGUAAUUGGAUCCAGUGCUGCCGGUUGCGUUUGUGCUUUCCUCACAAUUUUUGGUGUUGGAGGAGCGGCUUUUUCUCAGCUUUGGAGACUUGGAUUUGUUGCAAGUUUCUGUACCAAGUUGAGUGACACAGUCUCAAGUGAGAUCGGCAAAGCAUAUGGAAAAACAACGUACCUUGUUACGUCAUUCAAAGUAGUUCCAAGAGGCACUGAAGGGGCAGUUAGUGUUGAAGGAACCUUGGCUGGAAUUUUAGCAUCUGUAGCUCUUGCCUUUGUCAGUUUUCUUCUGGGCCAGAUUGGUUCACAUGAAGUAAUUAUAUGUAUACUAGCUGCCCAGUUUGCUAAUCUUGGUGAAAGCAUAAUUGGUGCUUCAUUUCAAGAGAGGGAAGGAUUUCGAUGGCUCAAUAAUGAUAUAGUCAACAUCAUCAACAUAUCAAUGGGAAGUAUCAUAGCAGUGUUAAUGCAACAAGCACUCCAAAACUUGCAUCCCUAAAUUUGCUGCAAAGUUAUCUUGGAGCUCAAUUAUUCAUUUAUUUAUUUGCAAUAUAGAAGUCUAACUCAGAUAUUUAUCUAGUCCUAGAUAUUCAAGUGUCUUACUAAUGCUAAUGCUAACAGAAUCAAGUCUCUUCGUGUUGAAAGCAAUGGUUCUUUCAAAUUAAAGAUUUGAACUAUCCUUUUCUUGUAUAAAUGUAGACCAUGAAAGAAAAGUUUGUGUUACUGUAAUCAAGGCUUUCAUUAUUGUAUAGUUAAUUUUAGAAAUUGAUUGUUCUUAAUGGUGGUUAAGAUGCAUCACAUCGCGUUCUUGAUUCUUCAACGACUGCUUGCAAGUUGCAAUGCAGAGGUAUUAUCUGUAUUCUGCACAUUAUUUGUUUUGAAUUAAGAUUCUCUGAAUUUCAAAA